AAUGGCGUCUCUUGCAGCAAUCGGGCGGAGGAAAGAUCGGCGAGGAGCAAUGUCGUCAGCUCUGGCAGCUUGUCUCUCCAUGUCGCAGCUGAGGAAAGCUUCCUUCUCCCGGAUGACGGACGCGCUGAUGCUGAAGAUUUACGAGGCUUGGAGCUCAUCGUACCGAUCCAAGCCAGGUGGAAACUGAGCCUACUGGCCAGAAGGAGAGCGCUGUGGAAAGCAAGCGGAAGCGCCCGGCGAGGAAUGCUUCUACCGAUCAGAAGCAGACCAGCUUCGCGAAAAGCGCAUCGGCCGACCAGCUGCGUGCUCCUGCCGACCGGAAGCGGUGCCACGAUCUCAUCAAAGAAGCCGGAAGAGCAGGGAGGCUGGAGGACGCGGAGAAGCUAUUCAAUAGCAUCUCUUCUCCAAAUGCGUACUCGUACAACGCCAUGUUGCAGGCUUACGCGGUGAACAAUAAGCCUGGCGAGGCCUUGGAGCUCUUCCAAAGAGCCACCACAAGAAAUGCUGUUUCGUGGAAUAUCGUGCUUAAUGCGCAUGCAAGCUUCUAUGGAGCUCUCCCCUGCUUCAUGCGGUAUCCUUGCUGGGAUAGCUACUCAACGACCAUACUCAGGCACUUUGCAAUUGCAGAGCUCAAGGCUGCUGUUGCCUCGUCAGACCUGUCGCUGCUGGAGGACGUCAGAGCACAGUACUUCAAGGCCUUUUGCUACGAUGAUGGAUAUGUCGACGCGAUUAUUCGAAGCACCUACACGUCUCUCAUGCACAGCCUUGGUACCCAUGGUCAUCUCGUUGAUGUUGCCGAGAAUGUCUACAAGCGAAUCCCCUCUCCGGAUGCUGCUGCCUUCAACGCUCUUCUCGCGGUUUAUGUGAAGAACGGCUAUUACUCGCGAGCACAGAAGCUCUUCGCCGAAGGAGGGGGUGAUAGGAUCGACACCAGGUCGUUCAACAUUAUGAUUUCCAGUUUGCCGCUGCUUGAAGACUCGGAAGCUCUUUUCGAACGGGCAAGGGAGAAGGAUGUCUUUACCUGGACAAGCCUUGCGUCAGCCGAUGUCCAGAACAACAGGCCAAAGGCAGCAGAUUUGACGAUCCGGAAGAAGGCAUCGAACCAACAAGAGUCACGUUUCUCGUCUGGGUUGCUAGUGGUGAAGAGCUUGGAACAAUUGUACGCGACUUCGACUUCGUUCCGGAUGCCUCGCACUAUGGCCAAGUGGUCGUCAACCUUAACCGAGGUGGGAAGUUUGCAGCGACCGUGGAGCUUGCAAGCUGUUUGUCAGACGAUCCCGUGAACUG